AUGCCGUAUACUACCUCCCCCUUCGCCUCACUCGACUCCAUCUCCCCACCACUCCUCCCGCUGCACUCCCACUUCGCCGCCCGCGCGCCCACCCCCAGCGACACUGCCUCUGCGUCCGCUGCUGCUCCCGCACCCUCGUCUGACGCCCGAUUGUCAGCAUCGUCGUCGACUGUGACCUCGGCCUCCGCUGCUGCAUCUCCAGCCUCCGCCAGCAACACCACCGCAGACCCUAGUCCCCAGCGAACCGAUCGAGCCUCGAGCGACGUCCGCCGCCUGUCUCGUCGCCUGCCGCUGUUGCUGAGGAAGCCGUCGCGGGGAGAAAGGAAUCCCAGUUCGGGGUCGCUGUCUCAGACCGCCUUGUCGCCGCCGCUGGCGCAUAUAAUCAGUUCCCGGAAGUCGAGCGAGGUGCCGGCUUCGUCUGUCGCCAACCGCCGCGGGAAGCUCCAGUUGUCGCGCUCGCUGUCUCGGCUCGAGUCCGGCCAGCGUCGAAGCAAUAGUUCAGGCGCGUCCCAAUUGCAGACCGCCAAGGACAAAAAGAUGCAUCAAACGUCGUCGAGGCUGCUCCGUAUGACGGACGAUGAGCGCCCGUUCACUAGAGACUUCAAGGAUCUCUUCUCCACACUCAUGGUCUCGCUCCCACUCACCCCGCACCGCGUGCGCUUCCGCAUGAUCGAGCACACCUUCACGACCGAGGAGGCCGUCACCAAUCUCGGCAGCCUCAAGUUCUCCCAGUCCAAUCGCAUGCCAGACCCCAAGGACUCCUCCCGCGUUGUGACCACGACCACAACCACCACCUUCUCCAUGGCGAAAGAGAUGGCCCGCUCCGUCUGCCAGAAAUUCUUGGAUGCUCGUUUCAUUGAGUCGGUCGAUGGCAAGACGGACUUCAACAGCAAGAGCUCCGUCUGGGCUCUCACUCCCAAGGGCAUCCACAUCCUCGAGCGCUUCUGCAACCGCAAUGGUAUCCAGCAAUCACAUGUCCGCGACCUAACCAACCUCCCCCGGAACGCUGGAGCCCUCGUGAUUCUGGAGCGUGAGCACGAGACGGACAGGCUGAACCGCGACCCCGACACCCUGAAGAUUCUCUUCUCGCGAUUCGUCGGCCACAAGGCGAAUGACGACGCAAACUCAGAUUCUGAUUCGCUGCACGACUUUGCCCGUUCCAACAUCGGCGUCAGGAUGAUCCGGGAGCGCCGCUUCAACGACAAGCUCUAUCUCUACACCUUCACUGGCAAGGCCACUGUUGACUGGCUUAUGGACUGCUGCACCAUGGUCGACAAGCGUGAGACCUACGAAGUUGCUGGCUUGUUCCUUGAACAGGGCUUCAUGGCUCCGGUAGAAGGCUACACUCCUCGUGAUCGUUUCGUGGCCUCGAAGCAAGCUAUCUACUACGUCACCCCGCUCGGAGAAGAAGUCGCGGGCUGGAUUGCCACUCCUGAGGGCUCCGUCAACGGCGAGGCCAACGGCAAGCCGCGCGAUGGCACGAUGCGAGAUUCCAACGCCAAUCGUAUGGGAGUCAUCAUCACCAACCCGGCCGCACGUCUCCUGUUCCGCGAGUUUCUGAAAGAGAGCCAUUGCGAAGAGAAUCUCUCCUUCUACCUUGAGGUUCAAGACUUCACCAAGCAAUAUAAAGAUGCUAAAGCUAUCACCCCAGCUCCCAAGGUCGAGGUCAUCCGCGAGACAUUGGCUGCUGCAUACAGCCUGUACAACGCCUUCCUUGCUCCUGGCUCUCCGAAUGAGUUGAACAUCGACCAUAGUCUCCGCACUCAACUCGCUAGCCGUAUGACUCGCGCAGUCGGCGACGAUACCUCGAUGCUCAAGAGUCUGGAUGAGGUUGCAUUGCUGUUCGAUCGUGCGCAGAACUCCAUCUUCAAGUUGAUGGCCAGCGAUUCCGUGCCCAAGUUUGUCCGAAGCCCCAAGUAUCUGCAACAGAUCCGCGAGCGCAACCUGGAGGCUUCCCUAGGAGCACCGACCCGCUCCUCACCAUAG